AUGUCUUUCACACAGAAUUUAUCUAGUGCAAUUCCAUUGUUUCUGUUUCUAUUACUUUACGAAAGUGUGGAUGCAGAUAUAUCCUUAUGCCCGUUAGAUUUUUAUCAGGAGCAAAGUUCUGAGAAAAAGAUGGAACAACCACACCACGAAGAACAAGCCACUGGCUUAACAAUACAUGAUAUUUUACCUGAGGAUCCCAGUAAAUACGAUAAAAUGAGACCUCCAAAGAGAGAUGGAAAUCCCACUAUUGUUUAUUUUCACGUCACUGUCAUGGGUUUGGAUAGCAUCGAUGAGAAUUCGAUGACCUACGCUGCGGAUAUUUUUUUCGCUCAAACUUGGAAAGACCAUCGUUUAAGGCUACCGGAGAAUAUGACUUCAGAGUACAGACUUUUAGAAGUAGAAUGGUUGAAGAAUAUGUGGAGGCCUGAUUCAUUCUUUAAAAACGCCAAGUCCGUCAUUUUUCAAACUAUGACGAUCCCGAAUCAUUACAUGUGGCUUUACAAAGAUAAAACUAUCCUUUAUAUGGUCAAGUUAACACUGAGGCUUUCUUGUGCAAUGAAUUUUAUGAUCUAUCCCCACGAUACUCAAGAAUGUAAACUGCAAAUGGAGAGUUUAUCGCAUACUACCGACGACAUGAUAUUUCAAUGGGACCCAGAUGUGCCCUUGGUAGUGGACGAAAACAUUGAACUACCCCAAUUAGCUUUGGUAAAAAACUAUACAGCUGACUGCACUCAGGUUUACUCUACAGGCAACUUCACCUGUUUGGAAGUGGUAUUCGUAUUGAAAAGAAGACUGGGGUAUUAUUUGUUUCAUACUUACAUUCCCACGUGCUUGAUUGUUAUUAUGUCGUGGGUGUCGUUUUGGAUAAAACCUGAAGCAGCACCUGCUCGAGUUACUCUAGGAGUUACAUCUUUACUUACUCUAUCUACUCAGCAUGCUAAGAGUCAAGCUGCUCUCCCACCGGUGUCUUAUUUGAAAGCCGUCGAUGCGUUUAUGUCAGCAUGUACUGUUUUCGUCUUCAUGGCUCUAAUGGAGUACUGCUUGGUCAACAUAGUCCUGGGAGAUUCGGACGCACCCAAGCCUCCCCAGCCACCCAAAAAGGCCAGCGCGACGAACAACAUAUUCGAUGCGCCCAAGGAGAACUCCCUGCUACUAUGCGCCCCUCCAAAAUCGCCUCCGUCCCCCACUCCUGCGCAAAUACGGAGGAACAGAGCCAUCAACAUCGACAGAUUCUCUAGGAUAUUCUUCCCUUUGUUGUUCACCGUGCUUAACUGCACCUACUGGAUUUUAUUUGCUGAAUAUAUUUAA